AUGCCGCGCUCCAGGGACGAAGAUCUCGCCUACGGCGACAUCCCUCAGCGAUGGGAUCGCGAACGUUUCGAACGCUUCGGUCAGCGAGGACCAGGCUACUACGAGGAUGACUAUCGUUUCACCGAGCGCGAUCGGCCUGGACGUCGAGAUGUCGUAGUGGCCGAACGUCGAGAGGCCUCUCGUCCCGGUCGACGGUGGGAGGAGACCGAUCGAUUCUUUGAAGAGGACCGUGUCCGCUCCAAACCAAGACGCCGUACCGAUAGAGAACUGUUCGGUGACAUCGACCCUCGUGAGGUCGCUGAGAUGGCUCUUACUCCCUACAACAGGAAGAGCGUCACAAAAGAGGAGCUCGACAUCAGCCAGAGAGCGCCUCGUCCUAGUCUUCUACGACGCCAGAGUAGCUUGGACACAUUCGAUCGACGUCCCGCACGCUACGAGCGGGAGGAAUAUCGGAUUCCCCCCUACACGCCGGUCCCGCUGCCAAUUCGUCGCCGCAAAGACGAAUGGGACGACUAUCGCUACAGGGACGAGUAUCCGCCUGUAGAUUAUCGCGAAGUUGAGAUCCAGCGGGAGCGAUCUGUGCACAGACGGAGGCCUCCAAAGAGUGAGAAGUCCGCGAAGGAGAGCAGUAAGAGCAGCUCAAGCAGCUCCAGUUCUGAGGAGGCAGAGGAAGAGGAAGAGGAAGAAGAAGAGGAGGAGGAGGAAGUAGAAGAGAAGUACACGGUCAAAGCUCCUAGUACGAAAGCUCCUAGUACGAAAGCCAAGAGUUCCAAGGCAAAGAGCAGCAAAGCGCCCAGUACGAAAGCCAAGAGCACCAAAGCUACAACCGUCUAUGAGAGCGUCGCCGAUACGGUCAUUGAAGAGGAAGAGAGCGCGCCAUCGGUCCCAUUACCACCUCCCGCCAAAAGCGUAUACGAGAGUAUCCACGAGACUGCGUUUAUGGAGAGCGUGCGUGAGGAGAGGAAAUUCAAGAAGGGUAAGACUCGCAUGCCCAAGCGGCUUGUCCGGCGCGAAGCUAUCAUGGAUCUUGGAUAUCCAUUCGAUGAAGAGGAGGACUUCUUUGUCCUCCGCAUAGCUCUGGAGAAAGAGCAGAUUGACGAAGUCAUUAAGAUCAGCGAGCAAUACAAGGACGGAGGUAAGUCAUGUGAGAUUCCGCCAAAUGUAGAUGCAUGGGCUGAUCCAUCAAUUGCAGAGAAACGGAAAGUCUACCGCUUCGAGGAGUCCGCUGAAGAGCUCACUCCUGUACCGCCGCCCCCGGUCGGCGAGCACGAAUUCAUUCAGCGCACCGAGUGGAUCAACCCACCCACAGUAGUCGGGGCCCGAUCCCGAGCCAGGUCUAUCCGCGAAGGAUCGCCUAAUGCCAAAAGCAGCAUCAGUCAGCGUUCGCCCGCUCGGACAGCAAGAUCACGCGCACCAUCGGCCCCAGGUACCAUGGUUGAAGAACGCAAGACUGUGAUAGAAGAGACUCGCUCACCACCGCCUCUUUCAGCAUUCAGAGCGCCAUCUGCUCCACCACCACCAGCUGCCCCGGAACUCUACGAAGAGCACAAAACGAUCAUCGAAGAGCGCGCUCCGUCUCAUCACCAUAGCCAUCACCCUGGAACUGUUGUCCUUGCUGAGCGCGAACACCGCGCCGACCGAGACAUCAACGCCGAGAUCCGCGCUCUUGAGUCUGAACGUCGAGCACUUCGCCUAGAACGCGAAGCAGAGGAGAGACGCGGCCUGGCUCUUCGACUGCGCGAACAUCCCGAAGAGGAGUACCGCGAACUCGUUGAAUACCGCGACCGGAGCCGACCAAAAGGAGAGCUAGUCAUGUACGAGCGCGAGCGUAGCCCGCCGCGCAAUGUGAUACGAGUGGAAAAGGACAGGAAAGGUAGGAUGGCCUUGGUUCGGUCUGCUCACUGA